AUACAGCGCACCGAAGAGUCCCGCCGCCACGCUUUGCUCUGGAUCGCCCGCACCACAGCUACCGCCGCUGCCACCGCCACGCACCUGGAGAGCCAGUGUCCGCCACCCCCUGGCUGGAGCCACACACAAGUUCCUCCCCUACAGCCCCAGCCACCACACACAGCCGCCACACACCCACCACCCACCCCCGCCACGCCAGACUACUCUCCAAGACUUGUUUUGCCUAAAGUAGCGAUGCUGGCCACGAGCACGAGCUUCUAGCUCAGCGGCGGUGUCUUCAACGCAGCUCGGCGACGCUUCGAGACUUUCCCGGCAGCAUGAGGGGCAGUGUGGCGGCGCUGGCUACCGUGCUGGGCCUGCUGCUGGCCAACGCCCGCUCCGCCCUUCUGGUCACCGCCAACGUGGCCACUAAUGAGAUCCUGGACGCCCCUGUGCAGGAAGACUUCGACCUUCCCCCUUGCCGGAAUGGCGCGGCUUGCGGCUACAUACAGGUCAACGCCUUCGGGGUGAGCAGCAGACAGUUUUGCAGCUGCCGCGGAUUCCAGGGCGGUGAGCGAGGGGGCGUUGCGGCGAUGGGGGCCUGCGGCAUGGUGUGGGACCCCGAGGACGGGCGCUCAGUCACCAUGGGCUCCCAGCAGUUCAAGUAUUGUGGGUCGCCGCCUCCACUGCGUGUCUGUGGGAGGGAGGAUGCCGCCUACACGGCUGGCUUACUCUUCCACAAGGCGACCUUCAGCCUGACGGAGGAGCGGCAUGUCCUCCACUGCUACUGCCAGCCGCCGCUCUCCCACCUGCACUCCGACGUGGAGGAAUACGUCAUGGGCAGUAACCUGGUCGUGGAUACCAUCUUUACCUGCUCCAGCAUGCCGCCGUGCAUGGAAGGUUCGGCGUGCAAGGAGGUGUCAGUCGGGGAAGGGACCGCUCUAGUGAACUCCAAGUGCCGCUGUCCCCGCCAGUCGUCCUGUCCCACCCUCACCUCCUCCGCCAUCCCGCACUCCAACUCCUACCCCAAGGGCGCCGCCUACUCCGUGCACUGCCUGCCCCUUUACUAGAGGCGCUCUCAACACACAGACGGAGGCCAAGGAAAGCACUCACCACUACCUCCCUCACGUGUCCACGACUGACUCUCUCUCUUUCACUGUCUUCUCCUGACGUGACCUGCCUGAUGGAGUGAGACGAACCUAAACCUAACUCUCUCUCUCUCUCUCUCUCUCUCUCUCUCUCUUUCUGGGGAUCUACACCAGCGCCCUCUCCGAGCUCCCUCAAGGCAAGAGUCCCCUUCAGUGAGCCACCACAGCGCCACCAUCACUACCACCACCACCACCACCGCCACCUUCGUCCUCUCAAGACACGGGAACUAAGAAGGGCAGCUCUUCACCUUCUGCUACUUCUGCGGGAGUGUUUUAUUCUAGUGUUAGAUUCGGAUGUAUUGUCUCUCUCUCUCUCUCUCUCUCUCUCUCUCAGUGGUGGGUUGCCAAAUGCAGUAAUACUAAUCACUGGUCACACACACACACACACACACACACACACACACACACACACACACACACACACACUUCUUAGACAACAAUUAUUGGGUAUUAUAAUUUUCCUCUCUCUCUCUCUCUCUCUCUCUCUCUCUCUCUCUCUCUCUCUCUCUCUCUCUCUCUCUCUCUCUCCAUCCUCACGUCACACUCACACAUAACCAUAUAUGGAACGUGGAGCAUUUCAGUGUACGAGACUUCUUCCCCGCUACCGUACGAUCACCUAGCGGGAAGACUGAUGUAUGAUAAUGUACUUUUUUUCAUCAUUACUGUGUCAGGUUGCUUUACUUCUCUCUCUCCUCUCCCUCUCGCUCUCUCUCUCUCUCUCUCUCUCUCUCUCUCUCUCUCUCUAAGGUGAGUUGUUUGGGUCAGCUGGUUACCGGUAAUAUUCAAUCGGUAACUAUUACAUCACAUAUUACCUUUUAUUUUCUAUCCCGGCAUCGUGUAAUGAAAAGGAACCUCUCUCGACGCGAUGGCGCAUGACUGUCUGUAAUAAAAAGUUCAGCGCA